AUGUACUAUAUAUAUAUACCUGAGUACUCUCAAGUGGCGCGUAGUAUCGACCCGGAUAACAUAUUCCUCCCAAUUUUAAACGACCGAGUAUUGGCGCCAAGGAAGCUUGUCUUAAAUCUGGGCGUGAACUACGAGCCAACUCGCAACUCAAAUUCAACGUCAUCAAACGUCUCAUGGUACGCGAUGGGAUUGUUCACUCGAAGCAACUUCUCCCCGAAUGAAAUAGAGUUCGGCGCACGUCUUUUUGAGUUGAGAAGUUGGCCUCAUCAUCCACAAUUACCUCGAUCAUCUAGUGGCAAAUUCCCCUUUCUCCUAUCCCUACUCAUAUAUUUGGGCCUUCUCUCGGAAUCAACUCAACUGGGCCUUCUCGAACUCUCAGCAAUAGCAAGUGCAACGCAACCUCAAGAGACAAGCUUAUCUGGCACCAAGAAAAGAAAUGCCAUCAAACAUAAAGAGACGAUGUCAGGUUCCAUCGGAACUUCUAGUGAGAACUUCUUCAAGGACCUCAAAAGCAAAAGAUCAUGUUGA